GAUAUCCCAAAAGAUAGUGGACCAGGCACGGAGGACGAGGACUCGACUGCUCUUGAUUUCGAAAUCGUAGAUAUAGACGAAGGAGCAAGCAUUUCUUCGGAUCAGUACGAAAUCGACGCCUAG